UCUAACCUUCUUCUUCAAGAAAUACAACGCCUCUCAACUGGUCAAACCCCUCGUUUCUUUCUCGCCCGCCCAAACACAUAAAUUCAAUUCGCACUUCUUUUUUUGAAUGGUACAGAUUAAAGGAUCAAUAUAACAAGAAGAAAAAGAAAGAUAGGGAAAAAGAGUGAUCAGUAAUGGUCCUUCCUUUAUUGAAGCUUGGGACGCUUGCAUUGAAGACUCUGAGCAAACCCAUAGCUGCUAGGCUCAAGAGAGAAGCUGGGCUACACCCAAGAUUUCGAAAUCUCAUCAUCAGCAUGGCUCAGGCAAAUCACAGGAUGACAACAACAAUGCAACGACGCAUAUAUGGUCAUGCUACCGAUGUUGAAAUUCGGCCUUUGAAUGAAGAGAAAGCUGUUCAGGCUGCUGUGGACCUGCUAGGGGAACUAUUCGUUUUCUCGGUUGGAGUAGGUGCUCUCAUCUUUGAGGUGCAAAGAAGUUCUAGGUCAGAAGCCAAAAAGGAAGAGCUUCGCAGGCAAGAAAUGGAGGGAAUGAGGCAACGGGAUGAAGAGUUGUCGAAAGAGGUGGAGCUUCUUAAGCAGAAACUUGAAGAGCUUGAGCGGUUAGCCAGAGGACGAGGACUUGCUGGUGUUUUUAAUCUUAGACAUGCAAAUACUGAAGAUGGGAAGGUGACUGAAUCGAUGCAUCCGAAGGCUGCAUGAUAUAUGGAACAGUUUUGCAGUUUUUAGUUCAUUCAACUCUAGGCAAUCCCUUUGGCCAUUCAGUUGUGUUCAAUUUUUCCCUUCUAAAGCAAAAUAAUGCAAAUCAACUCUUGCAUUCUUGUCCAGAAUAUUGAAUGAAACUAGAUGCCAACUUGAUUGCUGAGAUCUGGAAUAACUUAAUUUGAUAUUUAUUUAAAAAUAUACUUUUCAGCUUUUUUUA